AGCCACUGGCCAAAUGGUGCGAGCACCAGCAUUCAAACACCCACCGGUACCACAACACAUUUAAUCCAUCCAUUGGCAUAUGCACCCAUGAAUUUCUUUGGCGUUGCCGCCUUAGUUAGCUUGUCCCUUGCGGGCGCUGCUGGAGCCGCUGAGGAGCACAUUGUCGCCGAUGCUACGGUGCUCCUGCAAUCGGUGGCCGCCGCCCAGGGGGAGCCAUCCCAGGAUCGGCCUCACCGGGGCGACCCCGGCGACGAGGUUCACGUCACGUUCACCUUAGACUGCCGUCCGUUUAAUUUGUGGCAGCACGAGAUGCUGUUCCAUUCUGCCCGCCUGGUGGGGUAGCGUGGUCCCAUUACGGCCAUAAUAUUAGGAUGCUCAGAUGAAGAGCGGGCUCACCUGCAGGAGCGCCACAGGGUUCUGAACUGGCCCGAGCAGUUUACCCAGUAUUUCGUCCAGCGCUUCAACGACGCGAGGUCUGAGUGGCUGAGCAAGCCGUUUGGUUUCCAGCAGUGGUACAGCAGUUCGGGACCAGCCAGGGACGUCGUUGCAGUGGUGGAUCCUGACUUUGUCUUUGUGAGGCCUCUAACAGCGAAGCUGGACACAUCGGUGCUUCCUCUCGAGUGGAAGGAACCAGCACCUUCUCGAGUGCAGAAGGGCGUCGUUGUUGCUCAGCGAUAUGGCAUAGUUGUGCCGGUGGGGGCAACUGGAUUCGGCGGCAAUGGCUCCUCUCCCUGGCAUUUGGAUUUCGGUGGAGGCAAUCUGAGCGAUGACGACUUUCUGACUUGGGUAUGCAGUGGCGACGCGAAUGGAGAGUCAGGCUGCAGAGGAUUUACAAAGUACGAGAUGGGCACGUUUCAUGCCAGCGGGGUGCCAUACAUAGCUCACCGGGACGAUUGGGACUGGCUUGCGCCUGGGUGGGCCAGCAUCACCGCACGCCUGCACGAACAUUCGCCCAGUGGCUACUACGUUGACAUGUUCGGCUGGAGCCUGGCAAACGCUCACAAGGGCCACCGCCAGUUCAUGAUGAACAACCUCAUCGCAGGGCUCGAGAUAAACGAUGUUUUGGCAAUUUCGUGGACCGUUUUUGUUUCGAACCCGUUUCGCAGCAAAGGCAGGACGGCGACAGAACGAAGGAGUUCGAAAACGCAACGGAAGCGAAAGCAUUGUUUGGCUCGAUCCCUGCCUCAUGUUAUCCGACACCACGUCGCCAGACGUCUGCGAGGACUGGAGCGGCGUCGACGCCUCGAGGGUGGACAUGUGCUACACGGACAUCGAGGAGCGCAUCGUCCCUCUGUCCUUCUCUCGCCCUCCCGUGCGGGCGCGGUGUGCCCAGCAGUUCGGCUCGUGUCAUCGGGCAGUGCGUUUUGUCUCAGCGUCUUGCUUGGCGUGGUGUGCUUCUGUGCGCGCCUCCUGCGGUGAUGUCCCAGCUCUGACCCAGACGAUUCUCACAUGCAGGAGCGGAGUGCGGGACAGCGUGGGCCAGCAGGUCCUAUUGUCCCAUGUAGGAGGAGGAGGAGGAUUUUUUUUUGAGCACUUUGGCUCUCGCUGCAUGCUUAAAGCACACUGUAAGUGUCAGAGAGUAAGGUGACCCCUUUCGCUUUGGGAUGGAGUCCCUUACAAAUCUUAUUCCAAGCGUCAGAGUUGUAAACCGAAACUUUCUGCCCUGGACAAGUCUUGUUGAGAGAUGCAAGGCGGGCUCCACUAGUGUAUCUCUGGCACACCGUACAAACGACAAC